CCCUUCUAUUUGUUAACUUUACAAAAAUUAAUUAUAUAAGUAACCAAGCGAGCAUCUUGUUUGUCUUUCCGCCCACGAUACUGAAGCUCAGCUCAUAAGCCCCAAAAAAGAACAGUGUAGAAAAAAUUGGAAUCUUGAGGAAUAAUGGACGUGAUAAAGUCGCAGCAGAUUUCCUCACGGCCGAUCGAGAAGGUGGUGGUUCACCCGCUGGUGCUGCUGAGCGUCGUCGACCACUACAAUCGGGUGGCGCGUGACACCAGAAAGCGCGUUGUUGGAGUUCUUCUCGGGACAUCAUUCAAGGGCACGGUCGAUGUCACCAACAGCUACGCCGUUCCUUUCGAGGAAGAUGGCAGGGACCCGAACAUCUGGUUUCUUGAUCAUAACUACCAUGAAUCAAUGUUUUCCAUGUUCAGAAGAAUCAAUGCAAAGGAGCAUGUUGUCGGCUGGUAUAGCACUGGCCCGAAACUGAAAGAGAAUGACCUGAAUAUACAUGAACUUUUUAACGGAUAUGUUCCCACUCCAUUGUUAGUCAUUGUCGAUGUUCAGCCAAAAGAGCUCGGGAUCCCUACCAAAGCUUAUUAUGCUGUUGAGGAAGUUAAAGAGAAUGCCACUCAGAAAAGCCAGAAGAUAUUCGUGCAUGUACCUUCAGAAAUUGCUGCUCAUGAAGUUGAAGAAAUCGGAGUCGAACACUUGCUAAGGGAUGUGAAGGACACAACUGUCAGCACUCUUGCAACCGAGGUGACUGGAAAACUAGCUGCUUUGAAGGGGUUAGAUGCAAGGUUGAAAGAGAUCAGAAGUUAUCUUGACCUGGUUAUUAAGGAGGAGCUCCCGUUAAACCAUGAAAUUCUUUACCAUCUUCAGGAUGUGUUCAAUCUCCUCCCAAAUCUUAACGUGACUGAGCUCGUCAAAUCUUUUGCUGUGAAAACAAAUGACAUGAUGUUAGUUAUAUACCUAUCAUCCCUAAUCAGAAGUGUAAUCGCACUCCACAAUUUGAUCAACAACAAGAUGCUUAACAAAGAACACGAGAAAGCUGAAGACUCGAAGCCGGUUGCUGUGCCUGCUGCUGCUGGCAGCUGAAAACUGAAAAUUUUCUCAGUAGAGUUUGAUUUUGGUGCUUGGUAUUUUCCAAAUUUGUCGUGAGAUUUGAUUUAAAAAUGUGUUGAGGCUACAUUUAGGGCAAGUAUUUUCCUGAUUGGAUUUAUACCUUAUCGCGGCAGAUUUGCACUCAUGAAAAUCGUGACUUAGCAUGAAUUUGAACUCAAUACUUUUGUACCAUCGAAUCGACAAAAAUUAUGAGCUUCACUAAACAUAAUGUUCGGUUAUUGAUGUUUUGCGUGUUUUUGUGUUAUUUUAUUGUGAUAUUUGUGCACCCUUUCAUCAGAUGAACAGAGAUGAUGUUGAUGAUGGGAUUUCGAUUAGAUUAUUCGUAUCUAUUUAGUCUUUGGCUCGUUCGAUGUGUGCAAGUGAUUUUCGAUUUGAAAUCGUUUGGUGAUAUACGAAGUUGUUG